AUAAACAAUGUGCGAUCCACCAAAAGCUAAAAAACCAAGACUCGAAGGAGCAACUUUCUUGGAGCUGAAAGAAAAACUCCGUCGAAAGAAGAAAAUACUCAUUGCUAUUCCAAGAUUGCAAUUACUUCCAGCCGGACUGAGCGCGAGUUUAUCCAUCAACCCCAAAGAUGAUGAUAGAAUACCAAUAUUUUUGAGUGAUGUUCAGAACUUACUCAUGUAUUCUAUAGCAGGAACUAGCUCUCCGUAUGUGCCUGAAAGAUGGUGCAAAGUGGAAAAGUUCAACAGAAUAUCCCAUACAGUAGUAUUGAUUGUUGAGGGUUUACACUUGAAUCAUUACAAAGCUAAUGAAAAGAUUCUUCAUACAUUAAAGUCUUGUAUGGAUCAUAAAUUAGAACUGGUAACCCCAGCUACUUUUAACGGAUCCAUUGCAGAAGAAAUUAUUGCUGUGCCUCUCACUGGAGCUCACAGAAAAUCUUUAAUUAAAUGUUAUGGAUCUUUGGAAGCAGCAGGUGAUCAAGCAAAAGAUUUAAUUAAAUUAAAACCAAUUGUUUAUCCUGCUCAAAAAGUUGAAAGUAAAAAUCAUUCCACAGAUACUGAAGACUUACCAGACAGUGACAAGUUUUCAAGAACAGAAUUAAUACUUUCUCCAAUGCAAUUAAUAGAAGAAGGUUAUCCAAUACCUUCUAAAGGAGGUUUAGCUAAAAUUUAUGAAGAUUUUGAAUUUACAAAGGAAGAAUAUGCUGAAGUGAAUUCUAGAUCACCCAUGUUUGGUUUGGAUUGUGAAAUGUGUAAAACAACACAGUGUGUUUUGGAACUUACACGUAUAUCAAUCAUUGAUGAGCAUCUGAAUGUUGUAUAUGAAACCCUAGUAAAACCGCCUCAUGAAAUUAUUGACUACCUUACUGAGUACAGUGGAAUAACAGAAGAAAUGAUGGAGAACGUAACAAUAACAUUGAAAGAUGUGCAAGAAAGUAUCAAAAAAAUUCUCCCUGCUGAUGCUAUUUUAGUAGGUCAGAGUCUUGACUCUGACUUACAAGCUUUAAAAAUGAUGCAUCCUUAUGUGAUAGACACAUCUGUUAUAUUUAAUAUGACUGGUGAUAGAUAUCGUAAAUCAAAGUUAGAAGUUCUGUCUCAAACUUUUUUAAAUGAACGUAUUCAAGAUGGUGAAAAUGGUCAUUGCUUCAGACAAGAUUCAGUAGCUUCUAUGAAAUUAGUCAAAUUAAAAUUGUCAAAUACGCCUGAUUUUGGAGAUUUAGUUCUUGUCCCGCACUCUUGUCAACAAAUUCUAGCAUCAUCAAUAUUUAAGCAAAUCAAUAAAGAGGAACCAAAGUCAGCAGUGAUUGCUGGAAAUCCUUUAAUUAUGAGUGAAUAUAGCAAAGUUUUAAAAGGAUCAACUUUGAAGAUGACGAAUGAUGAACAUUUUCAACAAGAUGACCUAUUAAGGAUAGUUGUAAAAGACACCAACAAAGACGUCAUAAAAAGGUAUUUAGAAGUAAUGACAGAACAUGCUUUAAACCUUUGUCACAUCAAAUUGACCAAAAAGGAAUUAGAUGAAGAAAACAUAGCUAAAACACUCAAAUCUGUAAACAAGUGGGUAAAAAAAAUAUGGAAUCAAGUGACAAAUCAUGGUUUAGUAUGUGUUAUAUUUAGUGGAACAAAUGAUCCAGAAAAUGGUGGUUGUUUUCUAAGUAUUAAGAAAAAUACAUCCAAUGAUUUAAUUGAUAAAUUAGAAAGUGAAUUUAAUAAGUUUAAAAGUUCUCAAGCUCCUAUACCAAUGACACUUAUUGAUUAAAAGAUAAUCAAAUGAAAUUUUAGGUCAUGUAGGUAAUCUACUUAAUAUGUAUAGCAAAUUGUUAAAAUGACCAUAAAAUUGCAUAGA